AUGUUAUCGAAUAAUAAUAAUGAAAUCAUAAAAAUAGAACAAUUUCCAUCAGAAGAUAUUCAUUGUAUAGCAAUAAAAUUACUAACAAUAGUUGAAAUGCAACUUAGAAAUAAUCAAUUUCUCAGAAAUGUUAUUCAUAAUUAUAGACAUCAUGAACGAUAUUUAAAUUUAUCUAAAAAGAAUAAAAUAUCGUCAAUAAAAGCGAUAGACAAACAAGAAGAUAUUCUUGUGAUUGAAGCUAAAUCUUUAUGUCCUAUGGAAUCAAAUGAUACAUUUGAUUCAUGA